AUGAAUAUCGACUGGCUCCUCGAUCGCGGCUACUUGCCGCACCCCGUGAUCCGGGUUGGUAUCCGGCGGCAGCUGGCGCAGCGGCUCGAGGAGAUCAAGUCGUCGACUCUGGCAGCCGAUUACGAGCGCAAGAUGAAGUACAUCGAGCUGCUGCGUACACGGCCCAUCGCCAUCGAGACCGCCACCGCCAACACGCAACACUACGAAGUAGGUACAGGCGUCCUAGCCGGCAUGCUAGGCCCUCGUAUGAAGUAUUCCUGCAGCCUGUACCCCAAGGGCGGCGAGACCCUCGCUCAGGCCGAGAUGGCUAUGUUGGAGCUGUAUGCUGCGAGGGCGGAGCUCCGGGACGGCAUGAGUAUCCUGGACUUAGGAUGCGGCUGGGGCUCCGGCGCGUUAUAUUUCGCCGAGAUGUUCCCCAAAUCCAAGAUCACGGCGUUUUCGAACUCGCGAACGCAGAAGGAGUACAUCGACGCCAAGGCUAAGGAAAAGAGCCUCACGAACCUGACGGUUAUCACGGGGGACGUGGUGGACUACGAGUUCAAGAAGCAGAGUUUCGACCGGGUGGUUUCGAUAGAGCUUUUCGAGCAUAUGAAGAAUUACGAGCAGCUUAUGGCUAAGAUAUCGAGGGCGUUGAAGCCGGGGGGGAAGUUGUUUGUGCAUAUUUUCGCGCAUAAGAACACCCCUUAUGAUUAUGAAGAGGGCUGGAUGACCACGUAUUUUUUCACCGGCGGGACUAUGCCAUCGGCGGAUCUACUGCUGUAUUUCCAGAAAGACCUUCACGUUGAGAAGCAAUGGUGGGUCAAUGGAAAUAAUUACUCCAAGACGUGUGAGCAUUGGCUUUCCAACACGAUCGCGAACAAGAAGAAGAUAUGGCCGCACUUGGAAGAGACGUACGGAGAGGACGAGGCGAACACGUGGUACAACAGGUGGCAGAUCUUUUACAUGGCUUGUUCGGAAUUAUUCGCGUAUGAGGGUGGGGAUACCUGGGGAGUGGCCCAUUAUCUGUUCGAGAAGCCGAAAUAA